GCAGGUGGCAGCGAUGGCCCGGUCCUGAGCGCCCCCCCGCCAUGGCCGGCGCCCCCAGCCCGCUCUGCCUGGCCCUGCUGCUGCUCGGGGCGGUGGGCAGGGCCGGCCCCCGCCCCCAGGGUGCCACUGUGUCCCUCUCAGAGACAGUGCAGAAAUGGCGAGAAUACCGACACCAGUGCCAACGCUUCCUGACUGAGGCUCCACCCCCAGCCACAGGCCUGUUUUGCAAUCGGACCUUCGAUGAGUAUGCCUGCUGGCCAGAUGGGCUUCCGGGCUCCUUCGUGAAUGUCAGCUGCCCCUGGUACCUGCCCUGGGCCAGCAGUGUGCUGCAGGGCCACGUGUACCGGUUCUGCACAGCCGAGGGCCUGUGGCUGCGCCAGGACAACUCCAGCCUGCCCUGGAGGAACCUGUCUGAGUGCGAGGAGUCCAAGCGAGGGGAGAGAAGCUCCCCAGAGGAGCAGCUCCUGUCCUUUUCCAUCAUCUACACGGUGGGCUACACACUCUCCUUCUCCGCUCUGGUCAUCGCCUCGGCCAUCCUCCUGAGCUUCAGACACCUGCACUGCACCCGGAAUUACAUCCACCUGAACCUGUUUGCAUCCUUCAUCCUCCGAGCGCUGUCCGUCUUCAUCAGGGACGCGGUCCUCAAGUGGAUGUACAGCACAGCCCCCCAGCAGCACCAAUGGGAUGGGCUCCUCUCCUACCAGGAUUCUCUGGGCUGCCGCCUGGUGUUCCUGCUCAUGCAGUACUGCGUGGCGGCCAAUUACUACUGGCUCCUGGUGGAGGGCGUGUACCUGUACACGCUGCUGGCCUUCUCAGUCUUCUCCGAGCAGCGCAUCUUCAGGCUCUAUCUGAGCAUAGGCUGGGGUGUCCCCCUGCUGUUUGUUAUCCCUUGGGGCAUUGUCAAGUACCUCUAUGAAGAUGAAGGCUGCUGGACCAGGAACUCAAACAUGAAUUACUGGCUCAUUAUCCGGCUGCCCAUUCUCUUUGCCAUUGGAGUGAACUUCCUCAUCUUUGUCCGGGUCAUCUGCAUUGUGGUGUCCAAACUGAAAGCCAAUCUCAUGUGCAAGACAGACAUCAAGUGCAGACUUGCCAAGUCCACACUGACGCUCAUCCCCCUGCUGGGAACCCAUGAGGUCGUCUUUGCCUUUGUGAUGGAUGAACAUGCACGGGGGACGCUGCGCUUCAUCAAGCUGUUCACAGAGCUCUCCUUCACCUCCUUCCAGGGGCUGAUGGUGGCCAUCUUGUACUGCUUUGUCAACAAUGAGGUCCAGAUGGAGUUUCGGAGGAGCUGGGAGCGCUGGCGGCUCAAGCACUUGCACAUCCAGAGGGACAGCAGCAUGAAGCCCCUCAAGUGUCCCACCAGUAGCCUGACCAGCGGAGGCACGGUGGGCAGCAGUGUGUAUGCAGCCUCCUGCCAGGCCUCCUGCAGCUAAGCCCCCCAGCCCCUACCCUUCCUGUGGUCUCGCUGCUGGUUGGGUGGCCACCCCGGGUGGGAGAGACCCUGCUGGGGCUGGGGAAGGGAGGGACACACGCACACACCCAUUCCUGCUUUCCCUUCCCAAACCCAUCAGGCAGGCAAUGGGCAGUGCCUCCUGGGACCCGUGG